AUGCUUCAUUCUAAUUGCGCUAAGGGGGGAAAGAGAAGAAAUAACAGAUUUUCCAAGGGCAAAGAAGAAAAAAAAAAAAAUAUAAUAGACAACAAGAAGGAAGAUACAGACAAUGCAGUAACUCCCCAUAAAGAGGACAGCACCAAAAAAGAUAAUUUGACCACUGAAGACCUAAUAUGUCCCAAAGCUACUAGCAAUGUAGAGAAAAACCUAAUGGAUAAAUUGUCCGAAAAUUGUAGUUCAUUCAAGCAAUAUUUAGAGAUAGUAAAGAACAUAAAUUAUGACAUAAAAUUUGGAAAUGCAUACAUAAGGUUAGGAAAAAAAUUGAGUUCGCAAAAUAAAUGCCAAUUUGAUGUGUAUGAAGCAGAGAUUGUGGCUGUGGACAAUAUUAACAACAUUUUCUACGCCGACAUUCAAAACUUUGAAGAUUUCUAUAACUUACUUAAAAGAAAUUUAAACAGCUAUGAUUUUCUGAAAAAAAACAUAGAUAACGAAAAUUAUGGGGAAUAUCUCGAAAUUGAUGACAGCAAUGUAGAGGACUUCCUCAAACACUCUGAGGAUUCCAAUUUGAUUCUUAACCAUUUUGCGAAUACUAUAAAUGCCGCAAAGGAAGAUAGCAAAAAUAGUUCAACAAAUUCGAAAAACGUACCUUCCAGGAAAAGAAACUUUUUGUCUUAUAUGAAUUUGCCGCAAACGGGCACAUCAAAGCAAACCUCUAACGAUCAGCCAAAUAUCGUCCAAGGAGAAAUGCCGCAAAAUGCGCACAUCAUCAAUGUGGGUAGUUAUGAUGAAAAUAUAUGUACUAUGAAAAAGUCGAAAAACGCAGGUAAAAACAUGGUGGACAACACCCCUAACUGUUAUGCUAAUACCAACGGCCCGGCCCCAAGUGAUAUGUACACCUCCAGGAUAGUUAACAUUAAUGUAAAUACGAAUGCGAAUUCUAACGCUAGUGCUAAAAAUGACGACCCCAAUGUAAGGCCAGAAGGCUCAAAUGCUACAAAUAGAGACGGCCAAACGGGCAAUGCGGGAUUUUCCCAUUUGACUGCCCUACGAACAGGCCCAAACGAUACACAUUUCAAUUUUUUAAGCAACGAAAACAUUAACAAAAGCUGCUCUAUCAUGAAAAAGAAGAGGGAAUUGUUUCACAACUGCAUGGAUAACAAUAAUGGCAAUAAUAGUAUCAAUGGUAACAGUGGUAAUAACGCCGUUGCAGGGGGCAAACAGACCAACGUCCCAAGCUCGAAACACGUGGACAAUUUACGCCAAAAUGAACAACCAAAUGAGCAACCAAUUGAACAACCAAAUGGACGGCAGAACAGCCCCGAAAGUGCUCCCCACGACGCGCUCUGCAAAAGGCUCAUCCAAAUAAUAAAAAAGAUAAAUUUGUUAAGGUUAUUUUCAUAUAAGUCCAUAUACGACAUAUUAAAAGAUCAGUGUAAUAAUUUGCUUGUGCAAAAAAUGAGCACGGAGGCAAACACAACAUACAAUAUAAUCAAGCAUGUAAUUAGAUACAACUGCGUCAAUGAACACAUAAGUAAUCCCUUUACGAUUUAUCGGCAUACCAUAAAAAUUAUACCAGCAAAUAAAUUUGCCAUCAAAAUAUUAAAUACGACUACAUGUGGAAUAAACAAAUUGAAGUACAAAAUACACAGCCUCCUAUCUGAGGGAAAACAACUCAAAAAUGUCAAUAUCGAAAUUGAAAAUUAUGCACAGAGAAAAUACCAAUCGGAGGAAUAUCUAAGAAAAUGCAAUGAGCAAAGUAUGAAAAAUAUUCUUCAAGGUAACGAAACUGCCCUGUUUGAUAGCUUCUCAUCUCUGAAUAUCUCCAGCUCUGAUUUAUCAAACAGCCAAUACCUAGAAUCGUAUAAAAAAUUCUAUUCCCAAAAAGACACAAGUACAAAUAACCAUCUUGAUAUGUGUCUCUCCACGAAUAAACACCCCGAUUCGUGUCACUCCUCAAAUGAAAACCUAGAUUUGUACCUUUCAGAAAUUCUCAGCAUUAGAAAUUUAAUGAAUAAUACAUUUCCCCCCAACAAUGAUAUGCAUGCAUGCAAUUAUGAGCAGCAACCAAAGUACAACUACAGCAUGGAAGAGGACAAAAUAAGUGAAGAUAAAAAUAUCUGCGGAAGUAACGGCCUAAGUAGCACCACCACUAAUACUAAACAGAACAGCAUAACCAAUAACAACCUCACGAGCGAACUGAGUCAAGUUCCAAUUGGAGACAUUUCCACCAAUUCUGCAAACAACAACGCUGUUUACCCAUUUAUAUGCAAGUACUGCUUAAACAUAUUCUUCGACAAAGAUCUGCAGUUACCAAAUGAUGGGAAUAAAAGCACCUUAAACAGAGACCUUUUGAACAUUUACGCUGAAAAAAAUAAUGAAGACAACUUUCUUUCUGAAACAGCUACUGCGAAGAAGAAAAAACUGAUGGGUCAACAUGUGGACGCCUUCAAUAAUUCAUGCAUGCAUAAAAAUGAUCCACGUGUGAAGGAAAAUAAUUACAUUCCUCAAGUGUAUAGUAACGGAAGAAGCAAAGAAGAAAACGGAGAAAUUGGAAGAAAGAAAAACAUCCCCAGCAAUGGCGGAAGUGAACCCACCAGUCGAAGCAUCGGAAGUAGUCGUGGCACCCAUUUCAAUCGUGCCAAUCGCAAAAACAGCCGAAGUAUAUACCUACACAGAAGAAACAAAAUGAAGAGACAAAGCAUCAGGAGAAAGCGCAAACAAAUCGCCAACAAGAAACACAAGGUGGGCAAAAAUAAAAAUGUCCGAAAUAAACGGAUUACCAGAAAGCAAACCAAACUAAAAACAAAGCAUAAAAUUAUAAACAAAAAAAGAGGAAUUAAUACGAAAAAGAGAAAAAAAAUUGCCAAUUUUGAAAUCAAAAGUAAGGAUACCGAUACCACGAAUGAGAAAAGUAGGCAACAAAAUAAUACCUGUAUUAACGCAAAAUUAUCGAAAAUUUCUGCAUGCGGUUCGAAAUCCACAUCUCCAGUAAAAAGGGAAGUGCUCCAAAGUGUAGUCUCUAAUAUUUCCUCCCCCCGUAAGAACUUACCACAAAAUCACGAUUUACAGAAGCUUCCCCUAAAUACACACGCACAAGACAUUUCUCCAAAUGACAAUAUUUACAAUCCCAGUAAAAUGAAUAUCAAUGUUUGCAAAAGGUGUAAAGAGAAAAAUGCAACACGCCAAAGUUCCAUGGCAAAAGAAAUUUUAAGAAAAAACAAAAAACAUCCCGGUUCGGUACCAAAAUAUCUUUGGACAAGCGUUGGAAUAACAAAAAGUAAUGAGCACGUGCUAGGAGUAGCUAUGCAAAUGAUUGACGGGUGUACAUUAACCUACAUUAUUCAGAAAUUAAAAGGAACGGAAAAUGUAAAACAAGGUCAUUUUCUGCUGGACAUUUGCAAAAAAUUAGUUAAGCAUUUAAUGAUUAUAUGCGAAUCUGUUGACAAUCCAAUCAUUAAUUGGGACACAAAACCGGGAAAUAUUAUGAUUGAAUAUGAAAUGGGAAUUUCCAAAAUCGUUUGUAAAAAAGUUACCAUUAUAGAUAUGGGCGAUGCAUUACCGGGAAGACGCUUCUAUUUUCCAACAAAUCCUGCCUACUAUGAAAAAAUUAAAAGUAAUAAUUCUCAAAAGAACUUUAAUAAUUUCCUAUACUAUGUAAUAUGUACCAAGGGGUUUUGUUCUCCUGAAUGUGCCCUCCUAGUUUUCCUAUUGUCAUCUCAAAGUAAAUCCGAACAGUUUAGAAAGACAUGGUAUGGUCCCGAUUCGAACAUUUUCCACAUUAUGAAAACGAGACAAUUAAGAAUAAAGCACAGGUGGAAGAAACUCCUAGACUUGCGUUUUAUUCAGCCCAUUGUGAGGAAGAGAGAUUUUAUGCUUAGUGGGCAGUCACUUAGUCCAGUGAAUCAAAAAUGCUCAUGCAAUAGUGAGCAGGAUGCUGCACUAUCCCUUUCUUCCAGGAAUAGGGAUAGUACUUACUGUGCCAGUGUCAGCGGUGCCAGCAGCUAUAACAACAGGAAUAACAAGAUGAAUAAAAGUAGGAAUAACAGUAGGAAUAACGCCAAGAGUAGCACCACCAACAACAGGAGGAACAACAGUGGUAAUAAGAGAACGACCAAGAUGGAGAAAAACGGUCCAGUUCCCCACCCGGUAAAUGCCAAUGUGGGUCUUUCCCAGAACCAUCCCAAUAUGAUCGAUGUGUGCAAAAAUGGAACCAUUCGAAAGAGCAACAACGGUAACGCACUCAAUGGUAAUCCGGUCAGCAGCAUUCCUCAUAGCGGCGUUUCCCAAAAGGACAACUACAACAGCACGAAGAUGUUCCAGAAAAACGGGCAUAAUGAAAUAAGUGCAAGCAGCGGCAACAAGAAAAGCACUACCAACCCCAUUAGAGAAAACAAAAACAGUGUACCCCCAGGAUGCAAACCGAUUGACCUCGUCCCACCCAACGCCAAUUCAAAAGACGCAAAUGCCCACUCGUCCGAUAAACAAGCAACCUUGGAUGGUCAUCCAAAUAACGAACAGGAAGACAUAUUAAGAGGUCACUACUUAAUGAAGAUAUGCACGCAUGACAUGAAGGAUGACGGUGCGCUAGAACAUUACUCAGAUAACGAAGAAAUAAAAGAGUUUUUAAAAAAAAAAGAUGAGAAAAUAAAAGAUAUGGAAAUAAAAUUAAACGAACCGGAAAAGAAGAAAAAAAAAAAAAAAGAAAAUGAAUAUUUUAAAAUGCAAAAUAUUGAUUCAUGGGUUAUCAAGUUUACAACAGAAACCACAAUGUUCAGCGUCGGACUAGUAAUAUGCCAAUUAUUUGGUGGAAACAGUUUAUUUAGCGUUGUUAACAGAGACGAAGUUAAGGUAGUCGAUGUGUUGUGUGAAUGGAAUUGUAAAAACAGUACAAACAUUUAUUCUGGAGAAAAAAAUGUCACCAUUAAUGAUUUAUUGCCAACUAGAGGAAUUUUUGCUGAUGUCUUUUGGAAAAGGAGAGUUAGAAAUAUAAUAAAAAAAUGUUUGCAAUUUAUACCAUCCAGAAGAUGCUCAUUUAAGGAAUUGUACGGGGACGUAAAAAAAUUGAAAAAAGAAUAUGAAGCUUACUACAAUUUGGACGAUGACUCCGCAUGUGAUUUUUAG